CCUUGCAAGUCUAUUGCCAUCCGCCGGGAAUGGAGGGCUCUGACUGCUGAUGAACGUGACGAUUUCGUCAGGUCAGUAAAGUGCCUGAGUACAGUGCCUUCUCGUUGGACGCACAAUGGCACCGUCUAUGAUGACUUUGCUUACCUCCAUGGAUCUAUCGGCAAGUGGUGUCAUCACUCGGCAUCUUUCCUACCCUGGCAUCGCUGGACGUUGCACAUAUGGGAAGCAUCGCUGAGGGAACACUGUGGCUUCAGAGGGCACGUCCCAUACUGGGACUGGACACGAGAUUGGAUGGAUAUUGCAGCCUCAUCGAUAUGGGACGCGGAGAGCGGUUUUGGUGGCAACGGCGAUCCAACUGGCCAAGUCACUGUGGGGAAUGGCACUUGCGUUGAAGACGGUCCUUUCGUGAAUCUUCGGCCCAUCAGAUACAACAACACGUAUGUUGCGCACUGUCUAUCGCGGGGUUUCGCGGACAAACCGACUCUGGAUCGACUUCUGGGCAAGAGAUUCAACCCGAGAUCGAUCGGUCAUAUCAUGCGAGUGGACGAUUACAAAGACUUCAACUGGGAAGUUGAGUUCCAUCUACACAAUGCCAUGCAUCCCGCCAUCGGAGGAGAUUUUCGAGCCAUGACAGCCGCCAAUGAUCCAAUCUUCUUUCUCCACCAUGCGCAAUUGGAUCAUAUCUGGUGGCAGUGGCAACAGCAGCAGCCCGAGUCGAGGCUGGGCGCGUAUUCUGGCCGACACAUGGUCAACUCAACCGACGAGAAUGCAAGUCUGCAAGACGUGCUCAUGUUCGGUGGAUUGGUCGAGAAUGUGCCCGUCUGGCAUGCAAUGGACACGGAGAAUGGGAAGCUAUGCUAUAGAUACUGA